UCAGUCACUGGGCAGCGCGACGUACCAUGCGGUUUCCUCCGAAGCCCAAACAUCGAGUUCUAAGCCAUUCGUCCAGUGAACAGAGAGUGCUCCGGGUCUUCGGGCCAUCCGCGAACCUCAGUUAACGUUCUUACCUCCAAGAGCGAACUACUGCGAGGUCCUCGACUACUUACUCCAAAGUACCUAAAAUAAACCGACGUCGCGAGGAAUUUCCUGGCCGGUCACUCUUAUCUGCGAUCGCAUUGCACUUCGUCAACAAUUAGAGGCCCCUGCGAUAUCUCAACGACUAGUGUAUCAAAGAUGGAGUUGAUCAUUCGAUUAUUUACCUUUCUGUCGAAUAUACUCUACCACAUCUUGCGUCCAUUCUUUUGGUACGCGAAUCGUCAUCCAGGGUCGAAAAUAUCGGCGGCAAAAGAUCCGAUCCUAAAACUAAGCGCUGUGGCAAUAGCCGAGAAAAUAAGACAACGGGAGCUCUCAAGCGAGGCUGUGAUAUCGGCGUACAUAGCGCGGAUCAGGGAGGUGAAUCCCUUGCUCAACGCGGUGGUCGAGGAUCGUUUCGAGUCGGCUAUACGCGAGGCAAAAUUAUGCGACGAAAAAUUGGCUACCGGAGAGGUGACCGCCAAGCAAUUGGAGGCCGAGCAGCCUCUCUACGGCGUUCCGGUGACGGUGAAAGAAAGCUGCGCGGUGAAAGGUCUCAGUCAUACCGGAUUCAGCCUUGCCAGAUCCGGCGUCAAAGCAAACUACGACAGUGAGCCUGUCGUGAGGUUGAAAAUCGCCGGUGCUAUUCCUCUCUGCGUGACAAACACACCGGAAUUGUGCCUAGGAUUUGAGACCCAGAACAACGUUUUUGGCACCACGAACAAUCCCUACGACACUCGGCGCACAGCCGGCGGAUCAUCGGGCGGCGAGGCCGCGCUUCUAACCUCCGCAGCCUCCGUAAUUGGGAUCGGAUCAGACAUCGCUGGGUCGAUUCGACUACCGGCUCACCUGAACGGAGUCUUCGGGCACAAACCAACGCCUGGAGCCAUUUCGAUCGAGGGCCACUUUCCUUACGUCGACGACGCCGAAUUCUGCCGCUAUUUGGUCAUCGGACCAAUGACAAGGUACGCCGAGGACUUGGCAUUGGCUGUCAGAGUGAUGGCUGACAGGAAUUGCACGGCAGCCCUUCGCCUCGAUUCUCCGGUCGACGUAAAGUCCGUUAAGGUUCGGUACAUGGAGGAGGUCGAAGCCUCGUUCGGCCUGGUCCCCGUCCACGAGGACGUCAAACGGACCAUCAAACAGGCUGCUGAGUACCUCCGAGUCGCGGGUGCGGAUGUCGAAAAGGUGAACAUUGGGCAGCUGAAGGACUCUCUUGAACUUGGCCUGGUGUUGUUCUUCGGUAUGCACAAAAUGCCGCAGAUCCUGUUGAAUCCGGACGAUCCGAAGCACGAGAGCAACACCCUGUCAGAAGCUGGAAAAGCGAUCUUCGGACUAUCGAGACACACGAAAUCGGCGAUAUUUUUCAAGUUCAUGAAAGACGUGAGGGUGCUGGUCCCGCGUUCAAGGCAGCCGUCAUUCAGGAUGGAAGCGCAAAAACUUCAGCGGACAUUCAUGGAUCUUCUCGGUGACGACGGAGUCUUCCUCUUCCCAACCUUCGUGACCUCCGCACCAUUUCACGGUCAGCUUAGUCUGCAGCUCGCGGGCACGCUGUACUGCAUUAUUUGCAACGUCCUUGGACUUCCGUCGACACACGUACCGAUGGGAUUAGACAGCGAAGGUCUGCCGGUCGGGCUACAGGUGAUAGCAGCCCCAAUGCAGGACAGAUUAUGCCUAGCUGUAGCAAAGGAACUGGAGAAAGGCUUCGGCGGAUGGAUACCACCGUCUGUAGUCACAGCCUAGUGGUACUUACAAUUAACGGAACACGACGAACAUACGUUGACACGCGACGUACGCGGUGUGUAAUUAUCGGACCGUGUUCACUUCCGCGUCCCGCUUCGGCGGAAUUUUCUAGCGAGAUACGAGCGUAAUUUACAUGAAAAGUGUCAUUUCUACCGUGCUUGACGAUAUUUCAUUACACUUCACGAUCGAGAACAUGCGGAUUACUCCGAUUGCAUAAUCGCGUUGAAUUUCUACAAUCCUCACUUUGGAAUCGCAAUUUCAAACUUCACCGUGCUGACAAUUAUUCUUAGUAAGCAUGUUUUACAUUUUGAGAAAUAUCCGCGAGCACAGGACUUGUGAAUAUUUGAAAAUGUUUAGCCUGAAUCUGAGAAGGUGAAAUUUACACACAGUAGCUUUAUAUUACGAUGACAGGGUAUGUUUUUUAAGACGUUUCUCAUUCAAACGAACGAUGAAAAACUUUAAUUGGCCUUAUUUUGCACAGUGAUUAGAGAUUAAAUAAAAUUAUAGUGAUAUAUUAAGUCUUUGCACUACGAUGAAUAAAUGAUAAUAUUAUUGUUAAAUAAAUUAUAAUAUGAAAAUUUAUCAUAAAAAAUCGAAAAUACGUACCUUUGACAUGUCGUAUUAUACAAGUCGGUAGAUAGGAAUCGAUAUUAUUUUGCCGGGAUAAAUUUAUUUAAUAUAUAUAAUAUAUUAUUUAUAUAUAUACUAUUAUUACUACUCUCAAACUCGAGUAGUAGUGAUAAUAAUAAUAUUAAUAAUAAUAAUAAUAAUAAUAAUUUUUAAACAAGACUUAGAAUGACGCGUAAAUUAUAAAUACCUAAUAUUUAGAAUGUUGUUUUUUCAAUAACCCAAAUUAUUUUUAUAAAUAAUAGUUGAAUCAACGAGAGCUUCGAGGCGCUCAUCAUUUGGACGAUCAUUCACUGAUUUUAUUUGCGACAAACAGGAACGAAAUAAAAGAAAAAAAAAGCAAUUAAAGUUAACCGAACGUAUCUCAAUUUAUAUGUAUAUAUUUAUUAUAAUACAUGGUAUUAGACCGGUUCAAAAAAAAACCAUUUUUUUUCUCGGUCCGCGUUCCUCAUUAAACUUGUUUAUGAUGAACAACAAAUCCCCUGCAAAUUUCAGCUUGAUCGGAGAAGAUUUAGAGGUCCCGCUAUCGAUUUUUCGUUUUUCUCUAAAUCUUCUCCGAUCAAGCUGAAAUUUGCAGGGGAUUUGUUGUUCAUCAUAAACAGUUUAAUGAGGAAGGCGGACCG